AUGGCCUCGGCAAACACGGAUCCAACUUGGUCCCGCGACGAGGCCGCCGACGCAAACCCAGAUCUCACGCGCAAACGCCAGCGACUGAGCGAGGAGACCGAGACAUCCCCCCUUUCAAACGACGACGACGUCGUCAUCGAGGCCUUGCCGCCAGACGAGGUCGGCAACAGCUUUGAAAACGCCAUUGCGCUGGACGAUGAUAGCGCCAUGCCGCCCGCCAGCGAGACCUUCAUCCUCGCGCCCGACGUCAACAUGACCCCUGCAGAGCAACUCAACUGGCUGUGCGGUCGAGCGCCGAGUGCUUUGCCCGUGGAUAGAGUCGUCUUCCGUGCUCUCUGCAGCUGGCUGGCAGAGCAUCUCUAUGUCACACGAGAUCACGUUGACCUGAUCCUUGAUUCGUACAUCGACGAACACGAGUUCUUUGGCAAGCUUGGCCAAGCCUGCUACGCUAUACUGGAGCGAGAGGAUGACUUGUUCGGGCCUGAAGAAUUCCAACGCCAUGGUUUUGGGGCACUCACGGAAUUGGUCAAUAGCUUUCUGGAUGCCCUCUAUGAGUUGAGUUUGAGAGUGCUCAGAAUCCUUCCCUCGAUUGUCGACAGCACCAUCGCACGGAGGGACUCUGGCCAGGUCUCCAAGACCAGACAGCAUCUCGAUCUUCUCUAUUACGUUCUGAUCCUAGCGCAGAUCCUCACCUACUACAGAGCAAACCAGGUAGUGGGCUUCUUCAGCGCAAAUUUGGGCUUCAAGCCAGUGGCUCAAGGGAAGCGCCGCAAGGCCGAAUUUUGCCAGCACCUCGAGCCGUCGACUCACCUUUUGGAACUUCUGAAGAAGCUGGCCCAAAAUCAUCGUGAGAUCACGAAUGCUUGGGAUGGUAUCGAUGCGAUCCUGCGCAUCUUCCUCGACGUGGGUGUACCAUCUGAUGCCGAAGAGCGGACUGUCAUGGACCUCGCCCAUCUGUACAUUUUGCCAGUCAUUUGCGAAAAGCACCCACGCGCGCUCCCCGACGGCUUUCAUGAGUUGGCCAUCAAGUCGUCAACCUUCUUUCUGACUCGACUGGCGACUCCCGCGGACGCUUCAGAGUCCGCUACUUUGUACGAAAGCUAUAUCAAAAGCGAAACCGAUGCCUUGAUGAUGGAGUCGACCCACGAUGCCGGCGUUGCGGAGUCACUUCAGAACGUGAGCGGUGGCGAUCAUGCCACGUUGGUCGAACUCCUGACGACGGCUUGGACUCUGGCGAGGCUCAAGUCCUUCAUCUACAGCGACAUCAUGGAUGUCCGCAGUUGCGGCAUUACGUUGUUGAGCCAGAAGUUGCUGGAACUGUACAAUGCAAAUCGCACUGGUCAUGACAACUUCGAGCAUCCGGUUCUCCAAUACGUCGCACGGUUCAUGCGUGCGAAUGAGUUGACCAAGUACAUUUUUGGUCCAAAUUCACACGCCAGUCUGGUCAACCACAGUCAGAACAUCAUCGGUUUCUUGGCUGCCACUUUCGCCUACACAAACCUUGAAUCAGACAUCAUCUGGCAUGCCUGCACCAACAGCGUGGAGACCGAAUUCGUCAAGGCAUCCUUCACCGUGCUUGCUGAUCUGUGUCGCUAUCUGGAUCUUGACCAUCUGCUGUACCUGGCCAACAAGUAUGCCGUCACGCCGCCUUCGAAGUUGGGUAAAGAUGCAGUCGAAUCAUUGACAGAUCUAUUCCAACGGGUGCAGAUCAAGAGCGGCGAGCUGAACGAUCACAAGCACCGCUUGGCGACUGCUUUCAUUAGCAUGGACAUCAUGAUGAGAGUCCCCAAUGUUCACGAUCAGACACCCUUGUUGCAGCUGCGCAAUACAGCCCGGACCGAGCUAGGUCGCUUCGCAAGCCCAGCCUACAGCAAGGACGAGCGUGCACAGAUAUUCUCUCGCUGUAUUCCCAAUUUGCUCAAUGCCAACGAGCAUGCCACCACCAGUGUGGAGAUCAUUGCAAUGUUCCUUCCCUGGAUUCAGUCAUCGCAGGAAGCUCAAGAGCUCCUCGACAUGUUGCCCAUACAAGCGGUCGUGGACGAGUUGAGCCAAUAUGUGACUUCACGGAGGGAGGCUGAUGGCCGUCAGCAGACUGUCACUGGUGUAUCAGGACUUCAGACACGCCUCGACUUUAUUGUUCGCCUCAUGUCACUGCCUGGUACUGUGAUCGAUGAGCAAGUCUAUUCCUCGCUUUUCCGCUACACCGUUGGAGAUAUGGGCCUCAAUAACGAUGCCAGGGAUCAUUGUUGGACCUCACUGACUGACUUCUGUUCUAUCAGUGAGCUCUGCAAGGUAUCGACUGCCUUGAUUGCCCAUUUCCUCGAGAAGGAGGCCUUUCAGCUGGAUCUUCAAUUCAUGACCCCACGUCUGAUCCACCUCUUGGGCUCAUCGCUUCGAAACCAAGUCAGCAAAAGCGCAGCAUCGGAUGGCGAUAUGCACAUGCUGGAAGCUCCGACCUGGCAGAAGCUUGUCCAAGCCGCCGAAAGCGUUGGGGCCUCUCAAGUAAGUCAGCCGGCCACAUUUGUGAUAUGCGACUUGUUGUUCCAGCAAUUGCGACAGCCAGAAGAAGACAAUCGUGUCGCGGCCAUUCAGUGCCAUGCAGACUUCGCACGCCAGCAGAUCAGCCGCAUCUGUGAGAAUUUUGCCGACUUGGAGAAUGUUGGGACCGCAACAAUUUGCCAGAAGAUCUCUCUACUUGACGCCGUUCUCCGGAGGAGCAGACAAUCUGCACCGUCUUUCAGCCCACUCCAAGAUACGGACAUCUGCUUAGCAACGCAACCUGCUGAUGAAUUAUUCAAGUGCAUGGUACAAGUUUACGGCGGUGGUCAACUUCAGCCAAAGCAGUAUCGCUUGCAAGCCAACAAUACGACAACCGUCUCGGAGCUACGAGCUAGAUUACCAUCCAUCACCGGCGCCACUGAGAAUCGCAUCAUAGUUGGAGGCAAGGCUCUGGACUCGAACUCGCAGUCGACGGAACCGAUAGCCCAGCUCGGUGUUCAGACUUCAGGUGGGAUCUUGAUCAGUCCAAAGCACACGAUGAAUAGCGAUCUGGCCAUUAUAUUAACGUCACCAGGUACCGUGGAAAAAGAGGUCCUGACUCACUUUGACGACCUAGAACGACUGCUCGACGGACCUGAUGAUGUUGCUCAAACGGCCCACCACUUCCUCUCCACCAUUCCUCCUCCCACGCAAGCCCGCCAGAAGGUGGCCUCACCGACGACAGCAGUUCAAGAUCUCUUCCCUAUCGGCAAACACCCAUGGCGCGGUACCUACUCUCUGCAUAUCCUCAACGUUCAUCGAGAAGACUACGCGAAGAUUGGUGUGGCCGACGACGAAUUCAUUCUGCAAGGCGUUCGUUUGCUUUUGGCAGUAUUAGUCGACACCAACCGUCCACUUCACAACACUAUUUUCACGAAUGUUCUUGCAGCAUUGACAAAGUUCUUGCAAGAGAGGCCGUCAAAUGCUUCGGAAGCCACAGGGAUCGAAGAGCCGUCCGCCUUCAUCGACCGGCUGAUUGACAUCUGCAACUUCGCUGUCCAGUAUCCUCGCCAAAUUGACGAGAAUCGAUCGCUUCUCCUCGUCGAAGCAUUAAGGACGCUCUUUCAGGCUUCUAGAACGGACAACAGUAUCUGGAAGUGCUUCAUUGGGAACCCACGCGCAGCUGAAAUGCACAAGAACAUGCUGCUACUCUGCCCUGAACGCUGCUUUCCGCCCAGCGCUCUCGCAUUGAUCAAGGACUAUUGCGUUGAGGAGCGGCAACCAGACAAUGUUGCGGACUUUUACGCCACAACAUUGCUCAGCCUUUUGCCAGAGGCCCUCAUCCACAGACAUCGAGCUAUGCACUUCUUUGUUCUCGCCAUUGACGCAAUCAUGUCGAGCAGAGCCUUGGACUCGAACGAAGCCAAAGCGCGAGAGACGAUGGACUUUCUGAUAUCGACUCUGCGCCGCUACCAACACAUCGAAUCUGUCGACCUUCCGAUAGUCGAUCAUGCAAUGCUCGGUCUGUUGAGGCUGCUUGCUGAAGUCAUUCAGAUCGUCAAGUGCUUCAAGAAGGCUUUGGGAUUGUCGAACCUCUGCACAGAAAUACUGACGCGCUUCCUCUUUCCUCCGUAUGACGACCCUCUGGCGAAGCCGCUGGUCGACACUUCCACACGCGAUUGGGCAUAUAAGUUGGUUCAAGGCACUUGCGAGUCAGAAGCAGACUUUGCAAGUCUUUUGCAUGCCACAGUCAUUGCUAUGAAGGACAGCUCUGGCAAUCCCCACGAUAAGUUUCCCGGCGCUGCUGCUUGGUUGCGUCCUGCUCCCAAAUGCAGCGGACUGCCGAACCUGGGCAUGACCUGCUACAUGAACUCUCUGCUGCAGCAACUAUUCGCAAAUGUUCACUUUCGCAAGUUUAUCUUCGAAGUGCCAAUCUUCGACUCGGAGAAGCAAGCUCUGGUGAUGGAAGUCCAGAAGCUUUUUGCAAAUAUGCAGGACAGCUACUGCGGUUCUCCGGACACUUCGGCGCUUGCCAAAGUGCUCAAUAUUCAGACUGACAGCCAGGAGGACGUACACGGCUUCUACGAAGACCUUCUGGCUCGACUAGAGGCGAACAUGCCCAACGCCAUGUGGAAAGCGGCCUUGAAUCGCUUCUACACGGGCAAGCAGCUGUCUCAAAUCAAGGGCGACUGCGGGCACGUAUCGCCCAAGACAGAGCCAUUCGUGGACUUGCCGAUUAUCAUCAAGAACAAAAUCGGUCUACAGGAAAGCUUGGAUGAGUUUGUCCAAGGUGAACCAAUGGAAGGCGCGAACCAAUACAAGUGCCAAGCUUGUGACAGCGCAGUCGGUGGUCGUCUUGUCAAUGCCGUCCGCCGAGCAUGUCCAGAGGAGAUACCCGACAACUUGACGUUCUGCCUCAAGCGAUUCACAUUUGAGGCGAUGCUUGGCGUUGAAGGCAAGGUCAACGACCGAUUUGAAUUUCCACAAACGAUCGACAUGGCGCCUUACAAAGCGGCGCAUCUGAGCGACCCAACAGAAAAAGUCGAAGAGGACAAUUUCGAGCUUGUGGGAGUGAUCGUCCACCAGGGCACGCUUCAUCUCGGCCACUACUGGUCAUACUCACUUUUACGCAACACUGCUCAGCCGUUUUCUCGCACCUGGGUCAAGCUUGAGGACCGCAACGUAUCGCUCGUCCAGAAUGGCAUCCAUGAAGUUCAGCAAGAAUGCUUUGGCGGCCAGCGCUAUAACAACGGCAAUGAGCGUGCUGACAACGCUUACGUCCUGUUCUAUGAGAGACGAUCAUCUCUAGAGGAGGCAAUUGCGUUGCCGGGCCCUGUCGUUGACCCGCUCACGCACUUGCUGCUGCCCCCGAAGGUUGCCCCACCAACGCGUCUGGCGAAAGAGACCCAUAUUGGCAAUGCCUGGCGAUUUCGAAUUGCGCACUUGUACCACGACGAUUUCGCCGCAUUCGUCGGUUGGCUUCUGGAACAUUACAGAGAUGACUACAAGGACCAGAGACUUGCUGGCCGCAAGCCGGCUGCUUCGGCAGAGUCUGGCGUUUCGAGUGAUACUGAAGGCUCUGCGGCAUCUUUAGCAUCGGACGAAGAGCUCGCCGCAGAUUCGCUGUUGCAGAAAGUGGGUGAAGUCGCAAUGACUUUCCUUCAGCGGAUCGCCGUUAGCGAUGCUGCCCCAGGACGACGACUGGCCCAAUGCAUCAGCCUGCUAUCGUCUCUUCUGCAAGCUCAGCCGGACUUUGCAGUGCUCUUCGUCAACCGCGUCAUUACCGCGCAGAAGUGGUUCGAGCAGAUUGUACUGCACGACAACAAGAGAGUCCGGAGUUUGAUCGGCGACUUUGUCAUCUUCUGCUUGAAGCAGAUAAAAGACCACGACCAGGCCUUCUAUGAGCGGGCCUUCCGUUCGCUCAUCGAAACUCAUGCAGAACCCACGAAGAUUCCCGCGCGGGCACCGUUGUUAGACUGGGAAGACUACCUAAAGUUUGCUGCCAGUCUAGCUUCACUUGGCCAGGACAAGACUGAAAUCGUCCUUGACUCUGGCUACUGGCAUUGGGCGUUCGAUCUUCUGUACUUGCCUGUUGAUGGGUCUCUUAGGAAGAAGUACCCCGGCGUCGCGGAACACUUCAAGACGAACCCCAGCAAGGUAUCCGCCUUGUACGAGUUCAUCUACACAGUCCUGUGCACCAAUGUCGAUCUGCUUACUUCUCUGACACACCCGGAAUUGGAAGGCUACCAUUCAGAAGGGCCCGACGGCCUCGUUCUUGCCGAAGACGAAAUGGAUCGCUUGGACGAGCAGCCAACGACGGGUAACCGCCAGGGCAUAUUCAAUUGGAUUCGGGCAUCUAGAUGGGCCAAACAUGACUGUCCUUGGCAAGAUAAUGCCCCCGGAAAGCUCGUUGGCUUGCUCUGUUCUGUGAAGUCAAGCCGACAUAUGAUGACACAAAUCCACCAGUGCCUCCUGCGCCACAUCGACAUAGAGGAGGAACAUCUGUCGACGCUGGUCAGCCUGGCCAUGCAUUUCUGCACAAGCUGUCGUUCUGAAGAACAUGCGCUCCCGAUCUUCCAGACCUUGACCAAAGUCAUGCCGAUGUGGGAAGGCUCGAACGGAGAAUUGUUGAAGAUCCUACCUGAUGCCUACAAGGCGGUACCUCGUACUGUCAUCGGUACUAUGGAGUCGUGGACACCCACCUUCUUGGGGGCCAAGCAGGUACUUCGUGAUGAGGUUGCCAGAUGGCUGCAGGAGAAGCUGUUCGUCAACCCAUUGUCAGACUCUCCAGACUUGGACGCGGAACGCGCGCGGCAGGCCCGGAAGCUCAUCAAAGGCUGCGACGUCUACCUGCGAGACGCCUGCAACAAAGACAGACCACGAUCCCGCUUCGAAGCCACGAUCCAGCUCGUCUACACAGUCGGCACGUACCUGCAGACACUCCAAGCAGAGCUGGCCUCACUGGCGGAGAGCGCGGACUACGAAGUCAACAUAAAGUUACGGACGGAAGUUGAUGAGAUUCCUCAGACGAUGGUGGUACUCAAAGAUCUGGAGACGGAAAUUUUCAGCUUGUGGCAGCCGGACGUCGUGGGGACGAUGCAAGGCACCUCGCAGCAGGACGUGCGAGCAUCAGUCGAGGCGUCCGAGGACUUCACUAGUGGUGAUGAUUGGGAUGAUGAUGACGACGAGAGCGUUACGUUGGAUUGA